CAACAACCAGGGCUUGGCUUUGCGCAGUCGCACCGAUCGGAUCUGGGCGCGGCUGGUGGGCAUCUGCCUGUUCGCCUGCUUGUCUGUUCGCCUGCUCGCUGACCCGCAUCGCCAGCAACCCCCCUGCAGGACCCUGCCGAUUUCGCCCAUGACUGCCCGGGCAGUCAAAUCCGAGCCGACCGACGACGUCGCUGCCCCAAGCGACAGCGCCAACGCCGACAACGCCAACACCUUCCGCAUCCUGAUCUCCACCGACAAUCACAUUGGAUAUCUCGAAAAGGACCCUGUCCGGGGCGACGACUCGCUGCGAUCGUUCGAGGAAGUGCUCAAGCUCGCCAAGAGCCACAAGGUCGACUUUAUACUGCUUGGAGGAGAUCUGUUCCAUGAGAACAAGCCCUCUCGAAAGGCGCUGCACGAGGCCAUGGUGAUGUUCAGGCAAUACUGCAUGGGCAGCGGCUGCCACAAUAUCGAGCUACUGAGCGACCAGUCGGUCAACUUUCGGGACAGGUUCAACACGGCCAACUUUCUCGAUCCCAACUUCAACAUCUCGAUUCCGGUGUUCUCCAUCCACGGCAACCACGAUGAUCCCUCGGGGGACGGUGCCUUGUGUGCCCUGGACCUACUCAGUGUCGCCGGCAUGGUCAACUACUUUGGCAAGUACGAUCGUAUCGACGACAUCGAUAUCGCCCCAAUCCUACUCCAGAAGGGCAGCACCAAGCUGGCGCUCUAUGGCCUCGGCAACAUCCGAGACGAACGGCUGAACCGGACCUUCCGGAAGGGUUGCGUGCGCUUCCUGCGCCCGGACCAAGAUCCAGACGGAUGGUUCAGCCUCUUCACCUUCCACCAAAACCGGGUGGCUCACGGCCCAUCCAACUACAUUCCGGAGACACUCCUGGACCCGUUCCUGGACUUGGUCUUGUGGGGCCACGAGCACGAGUGCCUGAUCGACCCCGAGAAGAACGAAGAAACACAGUUCUGGAUCACCCAGCCUGGCAGCUCGGUUGCCACCUCGCUCUGCGAGGGAGAGUCCAAAUCCAAGCAUGUGGGCAUUCUCAGCAUUCGUGGCCGUGACUUUAAGCUCGAGAAGAUUCCCUUGAAGACAGUGCGGCCUUUUGUGAUGGGCGAAAUUGCGCUAUCGGAGGCCCGCCAUUUGUCCACAAUCGACACCAAGAAGAUCUCGUCCUUCCUGGCCAACAAAGUCAACGAGCUCUUUGAUCGUGCCUUUGACGAGUGGAAGGAGAGCAAUCCAGAGCUCACCGACGAGCACUUUCCUAAGCCACUUAUUCGCCUCAAGGUCGAGUACACCGGAUACACCACCAUCAAUCCACAGCGGUUCGGGCAGCUGUUCAUCGACCGCGUCGCCAACCCCAAGGACAUCCUGCUCUUUUAUCGAAAGCGGACAACAGCCCAUGUCAGCAAAGAGGUCAAGAUCUCGACCGACGUCGACCUCCCGCCCAAUCUUCCCGACAAGCUGGAGUCGGGUCAGGUCGAAGAUCUUGUCAGCGAGUUCUUGACGUCGCAGAGCCUGAACAUCCUUCCCGAGAAUGCACUCUGCGAGGCAGUUCGGCUCUUUGUGGACAAGGACGACAGGGAUGCCAUCAAAGAUUUUGUUGCCGAAUCCCUCAAGCACACUCGGAGCCACCUCCGCGCCAUCGAUACCAAAGACGACCAAAAGUUGAACUUGGAGAUCGAAAAGUUCAAGACCGAGAAGGAAACCGAGUUCCAAGCUGAUGGCACCUCGAUCCUCUUCAAAUUCCUGAAGGACAAGACACGGACUUCGAUAGCUGCACCCGCGACCAAACGCGAUGAUGGCGGAUCUUCGGCCAGCGACACUGAGAACCCGUUACCGCUGCCUGUGCCUUCGGCGAGUCGUGGCCGUGGCCGUGGUCGUGGCCGUGGACGAGGCCGUGAUGCCGGUACAGCAGCAACUGCCCGGCUUGCCUUUGUCGAUGAUGCGAAGAAAGGGCUGGAUGCCGCUCCAAAGCAGCAGCCGCGCUCGCAGACAGGGACAAGCCAAAACAACGUCAAGAAACACGGCGAACCCGCCGAACCAAUGCAGGAGGACUCUACUCUCGACGACGAUAUUCUCGAUCUGUUGCCCGCAAGUGCCAGGCUGCCAAAGCGGGGGCGACCGGCAGCGAUUUCAGAGUCGAGUACAGCCUCUGCCUCCGAGGAACAUCCAUCGAAAAAGAGGUGA